AUGUCAACUCUUAAUAUAUGUAUUCAAGAAAAACAAAAUUUGAUAACAGGUGAAAUAAAGAAUGAAAGAAGAAAUAUAUUUUAUUAUUUGUCGUCAUCCCUAAAACAAAAUAAAAUAUUUACAAGAAUAAAUGCUACCCAAUGUCGCAAAAAUAUAUCCAUUAAUUCUAAUAUAUAUUCAUUAAAGGUAUACUUUCGUUUGUAUUCUGUUGUAUUGUCGAUUGGUGUAAGUUCAAUGUUUAUGUGUGCAUUGGAUAGUGUAGCUGAUAAUAUUCUUCCAUCUGCAUUACCAUACUUAAAGAAAGUAUUGAAAUCAAAGAAUAAUAGUUAUAUUUAUUGGGAACAAAUUGUUUCAUCACGUAUUUAUGGUUUGGCUGUUGGGUGUAUUUUAACAAUUCUUAUAUCUAAUAGAUUUAGUAGAAAAUGGCCAAUGUUUUGGGCAACAGUUAUGUGUCUUGUUGGAGCUUUAAUGUCAGCAUUUAUAAAACAUGGUUAUUUAGGUCUUCAUAUAGCUGUUUUAGGUAGAUUUUUAAAUGGAAUUGGAUCUGGUUUGUCACAAGUAAUAGGGAGUGUUAUGAUAGCUGAAAUACCUUCAAAACAACAUCGUGGAACUUUAUUAGCAACAUUGACUGUAUGGUCAUGUAUUGGAGAAUUAUUUGGGAUGACAAUAUCCUUAAAAACAUUUUUAGGUACAUCAAAACUUUGGCAAUAUUCAUUAUCUAUGCCAGCAUUGAUAUUAAUUCCUGCUUUGAUAUGUAUUUAUAUUGCUCCUGAUUCACCAAGAUAUCUUUAUGAAAUAGGUGAUAUUGAUGGUUGUGAAAAAUCAUUAAAAUUUUAUCAACAUCAAUUAGAUAUUCCUAAAUCACUUAGUGAAAUAAAAAAUGAAAUUAAAUGUAUUGAAAAAAAAUCUUUGUAUGAUUCAGAUGAAGAAAAAAGUAGUGAUAGUUCAAAUCUUGAAAUGAAUAGACCAAAUAUUCUUUUAUCUUUAAAUCUAUAUCAAGUCUUAAAAUUAAAGUUCUAUUCUACUGCAUUUUUGAAACCAUUAUUAAUAGGAACAUUUGUUCAGACAUUUGUUCAUUUAAAUGAUUGGAUGUGGAUUUAUUAUUCAACAAAUAUAUUUCAAAAUGUAGGAUUAUCAACAAAAGCAGCAAUGAAUGCUUCUGUUUAUAUGUCAAUUCCACAAGCUUUUGUAAGUAUUGGUCUAUUAUUCUUUUUUGAAAAUUUCAAAAGAAAAAAAUUGUUGGUUGUUCCAACAACAGCAAGUAUAAUAUUAUCAUUAUUAGCAUCAUUUGGUUUAUUUAUAAAUACUGGUUUUUUUUGUAAACAAAAAAUGUGGUUUUGGAUGCCAAUUAUAGCUUCAUUAGAUUUAGUAGCAGCAGCAGUUGCUAGUGAAAGUGCAUACACAAUUGUUCCAGAAAUAUUUUGCCAAAAUGAUCGAGUAUUGGGGACUGCAUUUGUUGGAAUUAUUCAGAAUUUAUUUGGUGGUUUUAUUUCAUCUUAUAUAUUAACUAUAAUAAACAAUUAUGGAGUACAAUAUGUAUUGUUGCCAUUCUGUAUCAUAAAUGUUAUUUAUAUAACUAUUUUUCAAAUCAUUGUUCCAGAAACAUGUAAUGCUACAUUUCAUGAAAUUUACCUUAAAAUACAGAAAAAGAAAUUUACAAUGCCAAAUUUUAAUAAAUUAACCAAAUUUAUACAAAUUUUUGGUUCUAAAAAAGGAAAUAUUAAAUUUAUUAUAAUUAUAAUAUUUCAAAUAUUUGUUUAUAUAAUAAUGUUACAUUACCUUUUAAAUCAUAUCAAAAAAUUUAUAUAA